AUGUCAAAGAUUAAAGUUGAUCAACUUAAUCAACUUAGAGAAAUUUUCAGACGAUUCGACAUGGAUUCAGAUGGAAGCCUAACAAUGUUGGAGUUAGCAGCACUUAUUCGUUCAUUAGGUCUCAAACCUUCUGGUGACCAAGUUCAAGUCAUGUUAUCAAAAAUGGACUCAAACAGAAACGGUUCUGUUGAGUUUGAUGAGUUAGUAGGAGCCAUAAUGCCAAACAUGAUGAAUGAAGAGGUAUUGGUGAAUCAAGAACAACUCAUAGGUGUGUUUAAGUGCUUUGAUCGUGAUGGAAAUGGUUAUAUUUCAGCUGCUGAAUUGGCUGGAGCUAUGGCUAAAAUGGGUCAGCCACUUACAUAUAAAGAGCUUAGAGAGAUGAUUAAAGAAGCUGAUGUGGAUGGGGAUGGUGUUAUUAGUUUUACUGAGUUUGCUACUAUUAUGGCUAGUUCUGCUUCUGAUUUAUUUGGAGAGUUUGGUUAUAGAAACAAAACACAUUCCUUCCUUUUAUAA